AUGGUCGCAUCAGCCGUAUAUACUCUUUUGGGGCUUGCCUCAUUCGUCACCUCAUCUCCCAGUCAACUAACCCUCACCUCCACCACACCAUACCUUGACAACGCCAAGUCUGCCGUGAACACGCUACAGAAAUGGUACAAUCAAACGACAGGACUGUGGGAUACGACUGGCUGGUGGAAUAGUGCCAUUUGCCUGACCGUGCUGGGCGAUCUCACGGCGCUGGAUCCCUCGAUGCUCAACUCGAGCUCAGCAAUAUUCAACAAUACAUUCAUCAAAGCCCCAAAGUCCACUCUUUCCCAUAGCGUUCGCAAACCAACGUCGCAAUACAAGCGUCAAUCACCCCUGAGCGAUACUGAAUCUAGUACCGAUUUUCUUAAUGAUUACUACGACGACGAGGGAUGGUGGGCGCUGGCGUGGAUCCAGGCCUACGAUACAACUCAGGAUCAGCGUUACCUCGACACUGCGGUGAACAUCUUUGAUGACAUGGCAGCCGGGUGGGAUACUACAUGCGGGGGGAUCUGGUGGGACAAGAGUCAUACAGGUAACAACGCGAUCGAAAACGAGCUGUUCUUGAGCGUCGCUGCUCAUCUAGGGCGACGGAAUACCGAUAACACAUCUUACUAUCUCGACUGGGCAAUGAAAGAAUGGGAUUGGUUCGAGAAUAGCGGGUUGAUCAAUAGUCAGAAUACCAUUAAUGACGGGCUGGAUGUGCAAAGCUGUCAAAAUAACAACGGCAUAGUCUGGAGCUACAAUCAGGGCGUGGUUUUAGGGGGACUGGUGGAGUUGUCGCAGCUGGUCUCGAAUACAUCGUAUAUAACAACAGCGCAGCGGAUUGCAAAAGUAGCUAUACAGACAUUGAGCGAUGCCAAUGGGGUUCUCCAAGAAUCCUGUGAUCCGAACUGCACCGGGGAUGCGCCACAGUUCAAAGGUAUCUUGAUGCGAAAUCUUCAGAUGUUGUACCGGGCUAGUCCUGAUGACGGGGUGAAGCAAUUCCUGCAGCAGAAUGCCAACAGCAUCUGGCAGAAUGAUCAGGGUAAUGAGAAUCAACUCGGCCCCGUCUGGUCAGGGCCUUUCACUGCGGCUGAUGCAUCUACGCAGAGUUCUGCCUGUGAAGCAUUAGUGGCGGCGGCAGCCAUUCGCUGA